AACAAUCCGAGAGACUAUCGCCACUGUCUGGCACUCAAACAAAUGCUCUCUUCUUCCUCGCUGACAUUUUCUGGCUUUUGAAUUUUCUGGAUUUUGAAUUUUCUCGGGAAUCAAACGGAAACCGAAAGUGCAAAUCGCCAUGGCCAGCUCAGAACCGGAUGGAGAGAACGUGUGGAAGGAAGUUCUGAGGAAGAUGUUGCCGGCUGGCGCUCCAUUACCGGAUGAGGAUCAGCUUGAUUACUCGAUCGCAGUCGAGUAUGAUGGUCCACCACUGCAAUACGAUGUUCCACGGGUUGAUCCACUUGACAUUGACUCGCUCUCAAUUAGAACCACCUCGGUAGUCUCCGCUUCCGAAUUAUCGGGCAUCCCGGUGGUAGCGCCAAUAGGGAGAAAGGCUCGUUCUCCGUUUAAUUGGAUUAGAAACGGCCGCGUUUUUAAGGAAUCAAGAGCUAGUCCAGUUGAGAGUGAAAGACUGUCGUCGGAUUCGGGAGCUCAGAUCGACGGGGAAACAGGAAGCUUCGAGAAAGAAUCAGAGAAUGGAACAGAAAAUUUUGUUGACGAUUCGUUCAGUUUGAGGUCCAAUUCCGUGCGAAAGCCACGGUUUGCGGCCGUGGUGACUUUUAAUACACCGCGACACUCUGAGACGGAAGAUUACGGAUACUCCUCGCGGCAGUCUUGCGCAGCCGAUGCAGAAGGAUCGCCGGAUUUUGGAGUAGCGGGAAAGAAGCGUGGGGAAAAGAAAAGAGGUGUUUGUAGUAGGUGUGGGAAAGGGAACAGGUUAAAGGAAAAAGAGGUGUGUUUGGUGUGUGAUUCGAGGUAUUGCAGGAAUUGCUUGCUAAAGGCAAUGGGUUCAAUGCCGGAGGGGAGGAAGUGCGUGAGCUGCAUUGGGCAGCCUAUAGACGAGUCAAAGAGGUCAAGCUUGGGGAAGUCCUCGAGGAUUUUGUCAAGGCUGUGUAGCCCUUUAGAGGUAAGGCAGAUAAUGAAGGCAGAGAAAGAAUGUGCUGCUAAUCAGUUGAGGCCUGAACAGGUUAUUGUGAAUGGGAAACAGUUGAGGCAAGAAGAAUUAGCCGAGAUUUUUGGGUGUUCCAUCCCUCCUCAGAAGUUGAAGCCAGGAAAGUAUUGGUAUGAUAAGGACUCUGGUCUUUGGGGAAAGGAUGGAGGAAAGCCUGAUAGGAUAAUCAGUUCAAAAUUAAGCAUUGGUGGCAAGCUUAGGGCAGACGCUAGCAAUGGAAAUACAAAGGUUUACAUCAAUGGCCGUGAAAUCACCAAGCUUGAGCAUAGAGUGUUGAAGCUAGCCAAUGUCCAGUGCCCUCGAGAUACUCAUUUUUGGGUGUAUGAUGAUGGUACUUAUGAGGAAGAAGGACAGAAUAACAUUAAGGGGAACAUAUGGGGAAAGGCAUCUACUCGUUUCAUUUGUUCGCUACUGUCAUUACCUGUACCUCCUGGAAAUCAUAAUGGAUCAAAAGAUGAUCAAUCUAACUUUUCGGGUAGGUUUGUGCCCGAGUAUUUGGAGCAGGGAUCUCAGAAGCUUCUAUUAUUUGGAUCAGAAGGAGCAGGAACCAGUACUAUUUUCAAGCAGGCUAAAUUUUUGUAUGGGAGUGGCUUCAAUUCAGAAGAGCUGGAGAACAUCAAGCUCAUGAUUCAAAGUAAUGUAUACAAAUAUCUUAGUAUAUUACUCGAGGGUAGAGAGAGGUUUGAAGAAGAAGCUUUAAUGGAGAAGAAAGCCAAUACUUGGGAAGCUGAAGUAUCUGACCAAGGUGAAACAGGAGUUGAUGAGAGUAAGCAAUGCAUCUAUUCAAUCAACCAAAGGUUGCAACAUUUUUCUGACUGGUUACUGGACAUCAUGGCUAAGGGAGAGUUAGAUGCAUACUUUCCUGCAGCAGCACGAGAAUAUGCUCCUAUUAUAGAUGAAAUAUGGAAGGAUCCUGCCAUUCAAGAAACAUACAAGAGAAGGGAGGAAUUGCAGCAUCUUCCUGAUGUUGCCAAAUAUUUCUUAGAUCGGGCUGUUGAAAUAUCAUCCAAUGAGUAUGAACCUACAGAGAAUGCCAUCUUAUAUGCUGAGGGAAUCACUCAGAGUAAUGGUCUGUCAUUUAUCGAAUUUUCAUUCGAGGAUAAAAGUCCCGCGUCUGAGAUGUAUGAUCAAAAUUUUGAAUGCCCUCCUACCUUGAAUAAGUAUCAAUUGAUUUUCAUCAAUUCCAAGGGCCUCUAUGAUGGUUGCAAAUGGCUAGAAAUGUUUGAAGAUUUGAGGGCGGUAAUAUUCUGUGUAGCUUUGAGUGAUUAUGACCAGAUGUGGGACUGUGGUGAUGGUGCCCCUCAAAAUAAAAUGCUGGCCAGCAGAGAUAUGUUUGAGAGUUUGGUGAGGCACUCUUCCUUUAGGGAUGCCUCGUUUGUUCUUUUGCUGAACAAGUACGAUAUCUUUGAAGGCAAAAUUAACCAGGUUCCUUUGUCCAAUUGCGAGUGGUUCAGGGACUUCAACCCUCUGAAACCCCAGGCUAACGCCGCAUACUACUAUGUGGCAAUGAAAUUUAAGGAACUAUAUUAUUCCAUUACUGGCCGAAAAUUGUUUGUGUGGCAGACUAGAGCCUGGGAACGCGCUUCAGUUGAUGAGGCAUUUAAGUAUGCGAGGGAGGUUGUCAAGUGGGAAGAAGAGAGGGAUAGUAAUAUGUAUGGAAAUGGGGAUGAUUCAUUUUAUAGUAUGGAACUGAGUACCUCUCCGUAUAUAAGGCAGGAGUAAAGUACAGUGUUUAGUUAGUUUUUCUUUGCAAAACCAGCAUUGCAGAAUGAAUGGUUGGAAGUUCUUCAUAGCUCUGAAAACUAAUUGCGUUUCUCCAUUAUAAGCCGACCGAGCGGAGGAAUGGAGACCUGAGUUCUGGUUGGUAGUUUAUUGGGAUUGGGAAUGAUAAUUGGUUUCUAAAUAAGAUCAUGUAUAUAGUUGGGAACUGCAAAUUUUUGUAGGUUGUCAAUUUGUAUAGCAAUAUAUUCUUCUUUUUCAUUGUCAAUAAUGCCAGCCUUUUUCGGUCGA